ACUCUUAAACAGCAUUUAAUAUCCAAAAUGACAACAUUUAUGUACAUCUGUUAAUUAAAGAUAUAGAUUAUGCUUUUAGUUUGUUUUUAAAGAUACCUUUUGGUCGUUAUCGAAACCAAAUAAGGCAUCUCUGAAUCUUUCGGUUUCGAAAUCGUUGUCUUCCGUGCAUGGAUCGCAUUUCCUUCAUGUAAAAUAGCCUAUUACACUUUGGUUACUUCGCUUUUAGUGUUUUAAUUACUGCCAUUAGCUGUGCGUAACAUACAGGAUGGCUCUUUUGGACGUAAGUGGAUAUAAAUAUAAUUCCGCCUCACAGUUUGGCUUUAAGCAAACGCUUCUCGACCGCUCGAAUCACUACAGUUUUGGGACCAAAUGUCAGGAAUUCGCGGUACCUGUUGGGGUUGACCCCUCCAAGUUUCUGAAAUCGUGUAGUUGUGAAGAUGGCGUUUGCAUAGAUCUGAAUCAUGGCACCACAACACUGGCAUUCAAAUUCCGUCAUGGAGUCAUUGUGGCUGUUGACUCCAGAGCUUCAGCUGGAAAAUACAUUGCAUCAAAGGAGGCCAAUAAAGUGAUUGAGAUCAACCCUUACCUGCUGGGCACCAUGUCGGGCAGCGCUGCAGACUGUCAGUACUGGGAGAGACUGCUGGCUAAAGAGUGCAGACUUUACAAACUGCGUAACAAGCAGAGGAUCUCAGUGUCUGCUGCUUCCAAACUGCUGUCCAACAUGAUGCUGGGAUACCGAGGCAUGGGCCUGUCUAUGGGGAGCAUGAUCUGCGGAUGGGACAAACAGGGUCCAGGCCUGUACUAUGUGGAUGACAAUGGCACUCGUCUCUCUGGCCGGAUGUUUUCCACCGGCUGUGGGAACAGUUAUGCGUAUGGUGUGGUAGACAGCGGUUAUCGUGAGGAUAUGACUGUGGAGGAGGCGUAUGAACUGGGCCGUCGUGGCAUCGCUCAUGCCACACACAGAGAUGCCUAUUCUGGUGGUGUCGUCAACUUGUACCACAUGCAGGAAGACGGCUGGAUCAAGGUGUGUAAGGAGGAUGUGUCAGAGCUGAUCCACCGCUAUAAGAAGGGGAUGUUCUGAACAUAUUGGAUCUCACAUUCAUGCAACAUUCACUGUUUUAUUA